AUGCAUGAAUCAACUCUCCUCAUCAUCGGUCUCCUGCAUGCCCCAGCUUCAGAAAGCCUGCGAAACGGUUCUAUCUUUAGCCUCGACACUUUAACUCUUGCGCAACAAAACGGUUCCGACGCUCACCUCGACUUCAAACUGCACGGCCCUUUCCACUCCACUUUUGGCCUUUCCGACUCAGCCAUUUCAUUAAGGGCUUCGCGAAGAAUUCUUUCUCAACCUGUACACUUUUACACCAUGGUUGCCUCUCAACGGUUCGAGGGCGAGCUUCCUCUGCCGCAAGACCUGAGCCACCAUUUUUCUGAAAUUACGAAAAGACGCACACCCAGUUCCAUCAAGGAGUUUUAUAGAUUCUUUGCUAUCCCAAAUAUUGGAAACCUUGGUGGAGGUUUGCCCAACGACGAACUUUUCCCCUUUGACACCCUGGAAGCACAAACAGCGAACCCAGAUCGCUACCAAUGUACACCCAAUUACCCCGUGUCAGCGCGAGAAAGCCGUCGGCUUAUCUCCGAGCAAAAGUCGCCGGAGAGUGACAUGAACGCAGCUUCAAGGCGCAUCAAGGUGCCCAAGACGACGCCGCAGGCCGACCCUCUGAAACGUAUCGACCUGUCCACUGCGCUUCAAUACGGCACCGCUGGCGGUUAUCCUCCGCUUCUCUCUCUUAUCCGCCAAUUCACGAGGGAGCUGCUGCACCCCACAGUCCCGUAUCGAGGCGGUCCCGAAGUCAUCAUCACCUGCGGCUCUACCGACGGCUUCUCCAAGGCCGUCCAGCUCAUCAGCAACUCCUGGAACCCCGACCGCGACCCCGUCUCUAGGCGCCCCGGCAUGUUGUGCGAGCGAUAUGUCUACAACAAUGCCAUCGCUUGUGUCGAGCCCCGAGGAGUUCAGAUCGUUCCCGUUGACAUAGACUUUGACGGGAUGCUGGCCAAGGGACCUGGAGGUCUGGAGGAUAUUUUGGAAAACUGGAAUCCACAACAGGGCAUACGCCCCCAUUUCAUAUAUACGGUGACGAUGGGCCAUAACCCAACCGGCACCGUCAUCUCGGUGAAGCGACGACGUGAGAUCUACGCCAUCUGCCAGCGUUUCGAUGUAAUUAUUGUCGAAGAUGACCCAUACUGGUAUCUGCAAUUCGCGUCUGCCGCUGAGCGCGAAGCCGAGUCUAGAGGUAAUGUAGUCAGGCCUGCCGCUCCUCAUACACCUCCAAAGUCGACUGGAUAUGACUUUCUCGAUUCUUUGGUUCCUUCGUAUCUGAGCAUGGAUGUGGAUGGGCGAGUCGUCAGACUUGACACGUUUUCCAAGACGAUUGCACCUGGCUGUCGACUAGGCUGGAUUACGGCCCAGCCUGCUUUCAUCGAGCGAUUGGAAAGAAUCACCGAAACGACUACUCAGCAACCUUCUGGCUUCGUGCAAGCAAUGGUCGUCGAGAUGUUGAUGGGCCCGUCUCAGAAAGAGAAGAUCAAGUCAUUCCGUCUGCUGAGCACCAAGGAAAAGGCCAAGUUUGGAGGCUGGGAACUAGACGGCUGGGUUCGAUGGCUCGAGGGAUUGCGUGGCGUCUAUGAGCGAAGAAUGUUGCGCAUGUGCUCUCUGCUCGACGAGAGCCUGUUCGAACUCAAACAGUGCACGCCGAUCAGCGACCUUGACUCAGACUGGGGCGUCAUCACCAAGACACGCAUCAUGUCGUACGACUGGCCGCGUGGUGGCAUGUUUGUCUGGGUGCGAAUUCACCUGGAAAAUCAUCCGCUAUGGCAAGCCGAGGGCACUUCUGUCCCGGUCCUCGACGGCCCGGCCCUGGCGCAGGCGCUCAUGAUUUUCUUGACGCAUAAACCACAGCUGAUCAUUGCUGCGCCUGGGACCAUGUUUGCUGCCACGCCUCAUGUCGCAGAAGAGACGGCGUGGGCGUAUCUGCGCUUGUGCUUUGGCACAGAGACGGAGGAGAAUAUUGAACCCUGCUCGCGCCGAUUUGCGGCCGGCCUGCAGAGGUUCUGGCGCAUCAAGAGUGUAGAGGGCAUGGAGCGUCUAAUCGCAGAGCUGAAAUCAUCCAGUGCGCCGGAUCCUGAAGAUUUGGCCAACAUGGGCUUUGAGGCAGAAGAGUUAUGA